AUGGCGACCAAUUUCAACGACAUCGUCAAGCAAGGCUACGUGAAGAUGAAGAGCAGGAAGCUCGGGAUUUACCGGAGGUGCUGGCUGGUGUUCCGGAAAUCCUCCAGCAAAGGGCCCCAGCGGCUGGAGAAGUACCCAGAUGAGAAGUCAGUGUGCCUCCGAGGCUGCCCCAAGGUAACUGAGAUCAGCAACGUCAAAUGUGUCACGCGGCUCCCCAAGGAGACCAAGAGGCAGGCGGUGGCCAUCAUAUUCACCGACGACUCAGCACGUACCUUCACCUGCGACUCAGAGCUGGAGGCGGAGGAGUGGUACAAGACACUGUCUAUGGAGUGUCUGGGGUCACGACUCAAUGACAUCAGUCUGGGAGAGCCGGACCUCCUGGCCCCAGGAGUGCAGUGUGAGCAGACAGACCGCUUCAAUGUCUUCCUGUUGCCCUGCCCCAACCUGGAUGUGUAUGGCGAGUGCAAGCUGCAGAUCACCCACGAGAACAUCUACCUCUGGGACAUACACAACCCACGCGUGAAGCUCGUCUCGUGGCCCCUCUGCUCGCUGCGUCGCUAUGGCCGGGAUGCCACACGCUUUACCUUCGAGGCUGGCCGGAUGUGUGAUGCCGGGGAAGGGCUCUACACCUUCCAGACACAGGAAGGGGAACAGAUCUACCAGCGGGUCCACAGUGCCACCUUGGCCAUCGCUGAGCAACACAAGCGCGUCCUGCUGGAGAUGGAGAAGAACGUGAGGCUGCUGAACAAGGGCACGGAACAUUACUCAUACCCCUGCACGCCCACCACUAUGCUGCCCCGCAGUGCCUACUGGCACCACAUCACAGGUUCCCAGAAUAUUGCCGAGGCGUCCAGCUGUGCCGGUGAGUCCCAGCGGCACCCCACACUCACCUGCCACAAGGUUCUGUGGAGGACCAGGCCUUCUGGGCGGGGGUCCUUUGACCUGCGUCCAAGUCCUGAGCCCGCCUCCGUGUCCACAGGUGAGGGGUACGGGGCAGCCCAGGCCAGCUCAGAAACAGACCUCCUCAACCGAUUCAUCCUGCUAAAGCCAAAGCCCGGCCAGGGGGAUGGCAGCGAGGCCAAGACCCCAGCCCAGUGA